GAGAGCUUGGCCCGCAGCAGCUGUUCAACGAAAGGAAGCUCUGGGGCAGUCACACCGUGCUCCAGUCCACCAAGGACAAGCCAGUUGGUGGCACAGCCCAGGUGUGGCCGCAGCACAGCCCCCAGGCACUGACCAUGGAAGAUGGGACAGCUGUGCCCUGCUGUGGGGUGUGGAGCUCCCUUCCCGCUGCCGUUACCCAGGCUGUGCGAGGCUGUGCUGUGGUGCCUGGUGCAUGGUCCUGAAUGUGGCUGUUCUUGGGCGGGGCGUGUCUAUGAACAGGAAUGGUCUGAUUCCCAGGUCCAGGGAGUUGCCCACAGCACCCUUGGCAGGGGGCCCCUAUCCCUGCCCGACCCCCACCAAGGCCCUGAGGCCAAGAGCUGCAGAGGUGCUAGCGUGUGCCCCCAAACCUCAGCCUGGGACACGUGUGCAGUCUAACUUAGUAACACACCUGUCACGGAAUGAAAGCACUUGUGCUGGGGUUAUUUUCGGCGUCUCCUUAGCAAGCUGCUGAGGCUGCCCGGCAGCCUGGGAGGGAGUACAGACAGGCAGGCGAGGGUGACAGGCCGCCGGGAGGACCCAGGCGCCCAGGGCAAGGCUGUGAUGAACGGUAGCAGCCACUCGCCAACAGCCGUCAGCAGCGCCCCGUCCACACCCAACGGCUUCAGCAAUGGCCCGGCCACCUCGUCCACGGCCUCCCUGUCCACACAGCACCUGCCCCCGGCCUGUGGGGCAAGGCAGCUCUGCAAGCUGAAGCGUUUCCUCACCACUCUGCAGCAGUUUGGCAGCGACAUCUCCCCCGAGAUCGGGGAGCGUGUGCGCACGCUGGUGCUGGGCCUGGUGAACUCGACGCUGACAAUCGAGGAGUUUCACUGCAAGCUCCAGGAGGCUACCAACUUCCCCCUGCGGCCGUUUGUCGUCCCCUUCCUGAAGGCAAACCUGCCCCUGCUGCAGCGGGAGCUCCUGCACUGCGCCCGUCUGGCCAAGCAGACCCCUGCUCAGUACCUGGCCCAACAUGAGCAGCUCCUACUGGAUGCCAAUGCCACCUCACCCACUGACUCCUCAGACCUCCUGCUGGAAGUGAAUGAGAAUGGCAAGAGGAGGACGCCUGACAGGACCAAAGAGAACGGGUCGGACCGUGACCUGCUGCUCCCCGAGCAUCUCAACAAGCGGCCAUGCACCCUGAGCCCCGCCCCACGCUUCAGCCCCAGCAAUGGGGUGCCCCACCCCACCCCACCCCCGCACUACCGCCUCGAGGACAUGGCUGUGGCCCACCACUUCCGCGACCCCUACCGCUCCCCUGACUUCCGGGAGCUGCGGGAGCGUCAUCGGCACCUUGCAGUACAUGGGUCUCGGCAGGAGGAAGUGAUUGACCACAGGCUUACAGAGCGUGAGUGGGCUGAAGAGUGGAACCACCUCAACAACCUCCUGAACUGCAUUAUGGACAUGGUGGAGAAGACGCGCAGGUCCCUCACUGUCCUGCGCCGGUGCCAGGAGGCUGACCGCGAGGAGCUCAACCACUGGGCCCGGCGCUGCAGCGACACCGAGGACAUGAAGAAGGGCCCUGCAUCUGCUGCCAUUCGGACCCUUGGCAGCUCCACUGGCCCCGAGGGGUCUCAGCUAGACGUCUCCAGGGAGUUCAUGCCAAGGACCCUCCCUGGCUACAUGCCUGAGGACAUCUGGAGGAAGGCUGAGGAGGCCGUAAAUGAGGUGAAGCGCCAGGCCGUGUCUGAGCUACAGAGAGCUGUGUCGGACGCGGAGCGCAAAGCCCACGAGCUCAUCUCCACAGAGCGCGCCAAGAUGGAGCGGGCCCUGGCCGAGGCCAGGCGGCAGGCCUCAGAGGACGCCCUGACGGUCAUCAACCAACAGGAGGACUCCAGUGAGAGCUGCUGGAACUGUGGGCGCAAGGCCAGCGAAACCUGCAGCGGCUGCAACGCGGCACGCUACUGCGGGUCCUUCUGCCAGCACAAGGACUGGGAGAAGCAUCACCAUGUGUGCGGCCAGAGCCUGCAGGGCCCUGCAGCUGUGGUGGUCAACCCCGUGCCCGCUCAGCCUGAUGCCACCACGAGCUUGGGCCCCUCCCUGCCUGUGGGUGCUACCAGCCCCAGCGAGGCUGGCUCUGCAGGGCCCUCCCGCCCUGGCUCCCCCGGCCCACUGGACACCGUGCCCCGCUGACCCCUUCCAGCCCCCAGCCUGCUGGACGCUAUACCCCAGUCAGCCCUGGGGAGCCAGCUGAUUGGAGUCGCUGCUGCUACUGCCUCUCUCCAAAAGAAAACACAAAACCAACAAAAACUGCAUUCAAUGCAAUUUCUCAGCUACCUGACGAUUCACGUGACAACCUCCUGACAACCUUCCUCUUCGAGAGCACCCUCGGAAACCUCCAACUGAGCUUUAGACAGCAGAGUGAUGCCACAGGCACGUUGGCUCUGCCCCCCUCUCUCUUUCUCCUCUUCUCUCUCAUUUUUCUACCUUUAUGACUUUCACAGAUUUUCUCUUUAAUGGAAAAAAUCUUAACUGGUGGCUUAUAUUUUCAACAAAGAAUUUGGGGGGGGGGCUUUGUUUUGUCGGCAAAAGAGCUACUCAGAUAAAUGGACAAAGAAAACUGUGGGGGUUUUCCCCCUUCCCAAUUAAAAAGGGAAAAAGAAAACCGUUAUUUUAUCGCCGGAGACCUGAACACUGCUGCUUCACCGAGACCCCCCAGGGGUGUUUGGCUGGUGCAGUGAAGACAGAAAGAGAUUUCAGUUUCCAACUUGAGAAGCAUUUUGGGUUUCAGAUUUUCUUUUUCCUUUAAUAUUAAACUCUUUGGCUUUAAGUAAAAAUCCAAAAAAGUUUUCUUAAAAAAAGCAAAGGAGGGCGGCGCCUGUGGCUCAAGGAGUAGGGCGCUGGUCCCAUAUACCGGAGGUGGUGGGUUCAAACCCAGCCCCGGCCAAAAGAAAAAAAAAAAAAGCAAAGGAAGCAUACCUGUAAACUACCUUGCUAGCUAGCCAGCCAAGGAUACCGGACACACCUCUGUUCUAAGGAAGAUCCAAAAAGCAGACAUAAGAAAUCAAGAUCCAAAUUUUUUUGUCAUUGCCAAAGUCUUUUUUCCCGUUUUACUCAGCUGUCGGGUUAUCUGGAUGUCCUUUUAUUUUGUUCUGAUUUUGCCUGUGGGGUGUUGGGAUACUGGAGUCCAGAAGGUCUAUACCCAACAAGAAGCAACUUUUAUUUCCUUUUGGCGAGUUGGCGCACCACGCGUUGUGCCUGUGUGUCCAUGUGCGUAUAGGGAAGACACCCCCGUCUGUCCUCCUGCCCUCUGUGAUUUCUCAUGUGUCAUUUGUCCACUUGUGGGAAAAAAAAAGUGCUAACGUUUUCCUCCCAGGGAGAGCACAAUUCCGAGACUAAACUGUGAUAAUCUUUCGGGCUGAUUCUUCACUGCUUCCCAAGGCAGGAGGAGCUGGCAACUGCAUCUGAAAACUCAGCUUCUCCCUUUCCUCCUCUACCUCCUUCCCCGGCUCCUGCCCGGCCUCACCCUCACCACGCAACUCCCAGGUCUCACUGCAGCCACUCCGAACUUUUGGAGAAAAACAAAAGUACAAAUAGCCAUCUCCGGAUGGCGAAGACCGGUGGGUGUGCACAGCCUUGCCGUUUGUCAGGUGCCCUCCCAGAAGUCACCUCCACCCCCAGAGUUUCUGGCGACACCUUCCUCCCCAUGUUCUCCCUGCCAUGCCCCAGCCCUGCCCACCCUCCAUCCAUCCACCCAACUCCCUCAACACUUCAAGGAGGAAAUAGAGGGAUAAGGAAGUUCACACUUGCACUGAACAGAAGGACAAGCAGACAGACACAGCCGCAGGCUGGCGCAUCUGUGCAUGUGGAAGUUCAAGGGCACAAGUGCAAUAAAUAUAAGUGACCAGCUACUGAACCGGCCCGGAGGCCCUGCAGAGGCGGGGAGCCAGUGGAGCACGUUAAUGUGAAUGUAUAUAGUCUGCUUUAGAGGUCCAAAUAAUGAUUUUCACAGUGAUGAUAAUAAAGGAGACGUUUGCCAAAUUAAAAAAAAAGAAACUGUGGAUGUAAAGUUUAGGAGAUUGAUUUUCAAAGAGAUUGGAACUGUGGUCCUGUAGGGAGCAGUGGUUGGUUUGGUGGUUAUUUUUUCACAGUUGUGAAAAUUCAUUAAGCAUCGCAAGGAAGGAUCCCCUCGGGUCGGCCCCCACCAGGAACCAAGUCUGUUGGCCGAAGCCUCGCCCCAAAAACCAAGGUGGAGCCCUGAUCCUCACGGGAGCUCCCACCCCAGCACCUCAGCUGUCCCGUGAUGUAGCGGUCAAGUUCCCCGAGGUUUGCCUUUGUGGGUUCCAGAGAAGCAAGGACCAGUUUGGGACUGUGGCUCUCAAGAGGCACGGGAGGCCGCCUGUUUCUGCAGCACUGAGCCUGGGACCACAGAGGUGUGGACAUACCUGACCUCGCAGACUGCCUGCCCCAGAGGCCGGCGUUCUCCCCUCACCUCGUCCCUUCCAAGGUGCUCUGACUUGUUCUACAAGGCCCCUGUGCCCUUCCUGGGGACAGGACAGUGACCACAGACAAGAGAGGCCCCAAGUGACUGGCCCCACAGAGAAGUCAGGCUCUCGAAGAGUUUGUGUAGUCCAGCCUGGCUGUGCUGGUGACCAGCACCUGGCCCUGAGUGAGGGGAUCCCCUGCCAGCCUCCCUGGUAACUCGAGUCCUUGAUGUCUGGGCUGAGGUGCUUGUUUGAGGGGCAGAUCAGGGAGACUCACACUUGCUUUGUGGGGGAAAGGCCUUUCCUUCCGCCUCAGCCCUCACCUGGUUCCUCUGGGGGGCAGGGACAGUGGCCUGUUUGCCGGCUGGCAGUAUCUGGCCAGACAAGCCUCUGGGGCUGGACCACAAGCUGACAAGAGCAGAUGACCCCCCAAGCCAACUAUUAAGUGCUGUCUGCCCAAGGCGCCUGCCCCCAACCACCAUGAAGUCCACCAUCAGGGCCCCAGAUCCCUGCAGUUGAUGACGUCACAGAAUCGGGCUGGCAUGACAGGAAGUGGAAAUUUGCAGUGGGGAAACUGAAGCUGGUGUCCUGGAGUAUGCUGUGUCAUGGUGGGUAGGAAGGGGCCGGGUCAUAGACGAGAGGCAGCCCCCUCUCAUCCAAGGGAGGGUCUGGAGAAGGCGGUGGGGCACUGGGCCCCUCCCACACUUUGGGAGCUGGCCUUUCAGUCACAACGCUCAGGCCCCAUUUGGCCAAAGACCUCACAGCAGAACCAAACAGAAACCUUAGCUUUGGGGGUGAGGGAGGGAGACUGGCGGCAUUUCUGCAUCAGGACCUGCCUAACUAGUAGAUGUGGACACACGUGUCCGUGGCGUUGAUCUGCUGUUUGGGGCGUCAGCCUUUCUCAUGCUGGGCAAAGAGAAGACCUGGACAGGGUCUGAGCAGGGUCCACACUUGAGGUGAGGAGCAUAGCCCCCAUCUCAGCCUCAUGCUUGGGGCCCACCUGCCCUGCCACCCCCACAAGCUCUGCAGGAUCCAGCUGCCCACGGCACUUCCUCCCCAAUCUCCAAACCAAAACCACAGCUUUACCUCCUACUCUGAGGCCAAAGCUAAGAGAAAGGAGGGGCAAGGUGCACAGGUAGGGCCCAGGCAGGUGUAAGACUGCAGGACAGAUGCUGGGCCUGGGCCACUGUCUCUGGAAAGAGUCCCCUGGUGCGACCCAGGCAGGCCAUCCUUCCAUUCCCACAGCGCCUGGCAGACAUUCUUUCUACCGCCCACCUGGAGGCUCUCUCCAGGCCAGGCUUUUGACCUGAACGCAGGCAGGCGCCAGAGCUUUCCACACCAUACGCCAACACAGGCUGGACAAACCCCAGUCCCUGGCCCCACUGCCCACCAGGACUGCCCCAGGCAAAACAGCAGCCCUCCCAUCCUCUAGUCUCCAAGGCCCAGCAGGGCCAGGAAGGUCUGGCCAGGUGGGCACAAGUGGCAGGGGGUCCCCCGAGAAGUACAAUUUCAGGGGGUGGAUAGGAGAGUUGUGGGGUGGGAGGGUUCACUCAGGCCCCAGGGUACAGGGAUCAGGAUGGGCCAUAGAUUCUUCCCUUUGCCAGUUUUUCCAAAUAGAUCCUCCAGCAGACACCAAAGCCCAGUGUCUGGCAGGCCCCACCGUCUGUCCCAGCCCCAUGCUGGCCACACGCCUGCCAUAACUGACUGACUCACCAAUUCAUCAGCCACCACCUGCCCCUCUCCUACCUGUCCACUCAUGCCUCUCUCCCAACUGCCAUGCCACCCCACGCGUGCCCAUCUGCGUCCUCCUAUCUGCCUACACAGCCAUCCUUCACCCCCUCCACCUUUCCAUCUGCUAGACCCAGGGCAGUGUCGCCAACUGCCUCCAUGUGCCAAUGGCAAGGACACUUUGGAUCCCGUCUGGCUGUGACUGUGCGCUGGAGGGCCCCGCCUGGGGGCAGUAGCCCCUGCAGUUCCCACCCCGGCCCAGGGCUGCUCUGAACACUUCCUGGAAUGGACAACCUACUACUGAGGGUACUGUGGGCAGACUGGACCAACAGCCCAGCAACAGCUCCAGCCAGUCUGGGCUCGGCAGGAGGGAGUGGUGGCCAGGGGUCAGGACCGUGUUCUGGGUGGUGGCCCACACACCUGCUCGGGUUCUGAGUCCAGGAUUACCAGGGUAAGCGCACACAUGGCCACAACAUGCGGGGCCAGCCACCCGCUCAGCCUCCUUGUCUCCAGAGGUCAUUCCUGGAGGAGGUGUCCCCAGGAAAGGAGGGUGAGACACCAGCCCUCCAGGGCCCUGCUCCUCCUUGGGGGUGCUUGGGGCACACCACUGCCCUCUUGGUUCCCAGGGUCCGAGAUGGCACAGAGCUGAGCCCUUCAGAUCUGAGAGGGGGGUUGGAGGAGGCUGCACCCCCUGGGAACCACUUGCUCUUCUAGAAGCUUCACAGAUGAGGCCCAGGGCAUCUAGUGCUGGUCACAGCCCUGCACUGCUCCCCAGAGUUCCAGGAAUGCCCCAUUUGUCACCCUCUGUUGCACCUGUCUCGGUCCAGCUAAUCCAUGCCCAGCCCCAAAGACCCUGUGUGACAGGGAUUCAGCACUCAGGGGAUGCAUGUCUGUGAGCACCGAAGGCAACCACACCCUUGCUGCCCACCUGGAUGAGGGACUCGCUCUCCUGCUGUGACUGUGAUGGCCGAGGGGGUCAGACCAGGGGGAACUGGGCCCCUGGCAUGGCCAUGCACAGCCUGGUGGAAAAGGGUUUAUCUUCCAUUUCCUCUUCUUUUUCAUUUUUGUUAAUUGCUCCAAAGGAGCUGAACUGAGUGUUGGGCUGUUUUCCUGCCAUGGGGCUUUCCUCAUAAGGAGCCUAUACCCCGCUGUCCCCACUCUGUGUGGUGUGGUGUGAUGGUCCACUGGCUGCCUGACCUCUGAUGUACUGUACGCUUGAACUGAAGAUGCUGAAAGACGCUAUGGUCAGUUACCUCCGCAUCUGUGUAAUAAAGCAGACGUUUGC